AUGGGUCACGUAGUAGCAGACGGAUGUCAGGAUAAAAGAACGAUCAACAAUACCUUACGAGAGAGGUUAGAUCUUCAUGUAAUUGAGCCAUACUACAUCUCAGAGAAAUUAUGCUUUGAUGAGGCCUGCACUGAACGCAUUCCUUAUACCGCCGUACAUACGGGUACACAAAAUUCGAACCAGUCAGCGAUACAAUGGCUGAAUAUCAUUAUAAUCGCCACUGCUUGGCAGUAUAAAAUGCGUGGACAGUCGGCAUCAUUUUGCCCUUGGAUAAUAACCAACUUUAAACGUGGCAAUCUUUCCAGCAAUGUAGACAGCAGCACUCAAACAGCAGCUAGUAUUGUGGGUUAUACGAUCAUCGGUAUCGUUUCUCUUUUUGGUAAUGUUAUAAUAUCGGUGAUUACAUUACAAAGAAAAACAGGCAGAACCCCUAUUGAUAUAUUAAUUUUUGCACUUGCAAUUGGCGAUUUAAUUAUUACUGUUACUAUCCCUUUUGUAGCCGUUGUCUCUCUCAAUUCAGUAUUUGCCUUUGGCCUAGCUGGAUGUAAAUUGCUGUUUGGCGUACGCAAUGUAGCUAUUUACGCUUCUUCAUUCACUCUAGUAGUUAUUGCCUUGGAGCGUUAUCGUACAACAUUUGAUUUAUCACGGUCACGCCGUGAUUUACGACAAACUACUGUUUUAAUUGCUAUUACUUGGGUUAUAGCUAUAGGAUUAACAAUCCCUCAAUUUAUCGUGCUUCGCUUGGUAACAUACCCUGGUGUCGGUAUUUAUUGCUUGGAAGUAUGGGGGAAUGAUACGAUUGUUGGUCGAAAAGCUUAUAGCCUAGUCUUAUUCUGUUUAACAUUUGCAAUCCCAUUUAUUACAGUUACUGUCUCUAACAUUAUCAUAUUUCAUAAGUUAUUCCAUGCUAAAGGUCACUCAUCAACCAAUCAAGUUAGAUUAAAAGCUAAAGGACAAGUAGUUAUGGUUAUGGUUGCUGUAUCGGCGGUAUUUUUUAUUUGCUUGUUACCAAUUUACAUGAUCAAUACAUUAGCGGACUUUCAAGCAAUAACAUAUACGCCAUCGGUCGUCGCAUUGUCUGAAAUUUUCACUUGGAUAGCUUACUCCCAUAGCAUGUGGAAUCCUAUCAUCUAUAUUAUUGGAAGUUCAAAAAUGAGAAAAUCUUGUAAAAUUCUAUUUAAAAUUGAAAAACAUGAAACUAGCAUCCAUUACAAAGGCGAACAAAAUACACUAUCUAGAAAUAGCCUUAAAAAACAAAAUCGACUUUCUUCUAAUAAUAAGAUCGCACCAUUAAUUGCCUCAGUACCAGCCGAUGAAUUAGUGUCAGUGAGAUCUUAA